AAGUGCAUUUUACAACAAAUUUACAUACGCGCUAGGCAAGCGAGACCCGGUAGACAGCUGUACGCUCGCAAAGCAAACGCAUCGCAAUCAACGCGCUCUCACCCACCGCCAGAAACCAAAAUCUAGUCAUUGGACACAAGAGCAAUCGCUGUUGUACUUGCACUUGAAAAUUGUGAUACUCACUUAGAUAGAGAAGAAGACACCUAGUGAAAGAUGGUGCAGAAUGACGACAAGUCCGGUUCGGACACCGAAAUGCCUUUGACUCCCCCCGCGGUGGAAUUCCAGAAUUUGGCGAAGGGAAUUGAUGAGGGCAGCUACAAGUUGAUCGGCUGGGCGGCCGACACUACCGGCCGGCGUCUAAUUGAUGAAAUCUGCCAGAUCGCCGCUUAUACACCCGAUAGUCAAUUCUCGCAGUACAUUAUGCCCUUUGGUGAUAUUAGAUUACUAUACAGGCGCCGCCAUAACAUUCGCAUCAUGAGCGUUGGCAAAUACCGCAUGUUGAAAGACCUGCGCACAAAUAAGUUCGUCAAUACCAAGAGCGAGGUGACUACCCUAGCGAAAUUUAUCGAAUGGUUGGAGGAGAACCGCGGCGAGGCUACCGAUGGCAUCAUUCUUGUCUAUCACGAAGUGCAUAAGACAAUCCCGGCCAUGUUGUUGGAAUCAAUGCGUCGUCAUGGCUUGGACGAACGUUUCGCUAAGGUGGUUAAAGGAUUUGCCAACAGUUAUGGUUUAUCUGCAUCCAAAUGCGCCAAUACCACCAAAACAUUCACUCUGCGCGUUAUGUCAAAGGUGUUGCUGAACAAGGAAAAUAAUCUCAGCUCGGCGGUGGCGCGCGCGCAGGCGUCUUAUAAUGUUGCGAUGCAUCUCGGGCAGAGCGAGCGCAAUGAUUUGGAUGCGAAGGGCAGCGGCGAUGCGAAAAUCAACAACGAGUUGCUGAUCAAUAUGAUUCGUCCAUUCACCAAUCCUAUUUCAGCGGAAGAGGAUGAAAUUAAACAAUUUAAAGUGUUGUUAGACCGUCAGAAUACCUUCAAGCCUGUAUUUGGUGCUUUGAUGAAGGGUACACCUCCGGAACGUCAACACGCUAGUCAUCUUCGUCGUAUGUUGGCUGAGAACUGUGUGGAUUUCGAAAUUUGCAAGUCUGCUUACGAGAAAAGUACCAGAGAUGGAUUAAACAACAUUUUAAUCACUCAGGUCCAAAACUUAAAAGAUGAAGAAAAAGAAGAAUUGCUCGAAAUCCUCGACUGUUACUUCGACCCGGAGAAGAAAGCAGUUCAACCAAAACCUAAAUUUUUCCAGAACCACAAAAAUCGCCGCUAUCGCACCAAGAGCGGCAGCAAGGAUAAAAACGCGAACCGCAUUGAAGGUAAAUCCCAUGAAGGUAAAAAAUCUUCUGAUGAGGAGAACACUUCUUCCGCAGCCGAAGGCGACGAGAAACACGACAAGUCCGAAAAGGUCGACAAGAAAAUUAAAAUCAAGGUGGAGGACGAAGAGUCCUGCCCCAUGCCCGAGGGAGUCUCGGUCCCCAAGGCGACGAUCACGGCUUGAAUUAACCACAACAUGUUAAUCAAUGUCAGCGGCACCGAAACAUCAACGCCAUUUUGAUUAUUGGAUUAUGCAUCCAAUUGCCGUUGAUGUCUAGGUGUCUGCUGGGUUUGGAGUCUCAGAGAAUUUAUUGUUACGUUAUUUGCUGAUUUCUUUCUGCGAAGAGUUUUAUUUCAGUUUAUCUUUUGAAUGCUUUUUUAUACUUGUUAACGUGCGAAAGCGUUUCUUAUUUAUCGGCAGUUUCCGCCUGCAGGAAGGUGCCGAGACGUUGAUGAGAGAGAUAGGGCGGUCAUUUUGUUGCGCGCUCGCGUGCAUAUUGCGAAAAUUUGUAUGUGUUGACAUUAUUCUAGAAGUAAAUUUUUCGUUUUUAUUAUUAUUUAAGAUUUUUAUUUCAUUUCUUACUUAAGAUGAUGAGUUGAAUGUGCAACGUGAUAAUAAAAUGUAUUUAAGUUGUGAUUCUAAUAUUAAAAACUUAUGAAAGUUGUUAUGAAGUAUAAUAAAAUGUUUAUUGAUGCUAAAA